AUGCAUACUGUCGCAAGCUUGCGUUCGAUACGCAAGAACUUCCGAUCCAACGCAAGUAUUAAACACUCUUUUUCCGUAAAUCCCUCGAUGCGCGAGGAGUGUGCACUGCCAUCAGAUCAAGGAGAACCACGUGAAUACCGGUGCACGAGUGAAGUUCUCUCCAAAAAGGAUAAUGCCUUUCAAGUGGCUGUGGAACCAGCGCAACCUCCAGAAGCGGAGGGAGGUCCUGACACGCCGGAAGCGGUUGCAGAUGGAGCCGACGAAGGCAAAACGACGAGAAAAUUGAGUAAAGCUAAAGAGGUGUUCUACUGGAUGGGCGGUAUCAUCAUUGUGCUUGACCUGAUCUUAGCCUUUGUGGUUUUCCUUCAUCUUGGUGGCGCAGUUAAAUUCAUAGAACCGCUGGCCAUAGAAAACUUUGAUGGCUAGGAGACAUUAUGCGCAGAAACAGAUACGUAAAUACAUAACAAUCAAUUCAAG